UCACUAGUAAACCUAUUGCGCUUACAUACCAAAAAAAAAAAGUCCCACUUGCCUAUUUUCCUUAAUUUUUAAUUCUUUCUAAUUGUCUUCCAGAUCUUGAUUUUGGAACUGAAACCCAAUUCCUAACUCCAUUCUUGUGUUUUUAGACCCAGUUCAACCCAUCUAAUCAAGAAUUGAAAGACUUUUAGUAGCUUCAAAAUUUCUGUUUUUUCAGUUAAAGAUUGGAUUUUUGAAUCAAGAGUAACUUCACGUUUCAGUUUUUCAGUUAAAAAUUGGAUUUUUGGGUCAAAGUAACUUCAAGUUUCAGUUUUUUCAAUUAAAGAUUGGAUUUUGGGUCGAAGUAACUUCAAGUUUCUGCUUUUUCAGUUAAAGAUUGGAUUUUUGUAGUUUCAGUUUUUCAGUUAAAGAUUGGAUUUUUUGGGUCAAAAUAACUUUAACUUUCUGUUUCUUCAGUUAAAGAUUGGCUUUUUGUAGUUUCAGUUUUUUCAGUUAAAGAUUGGAUUUUUGGGUCAAAGGGGGUAGAUGGGUAUGUCAAGUGUCCAAGAAAAUGGACAUGGGGAAUUGGGUUUGUCUGAUUUUCCUUUAGGGAGCAAGAACAAGUACAAGAGAAUGGUCUCUGAGUUAACAGAUUAUGAUGGAGAUGAUGAUCCUUCACACCAUCAUCAUCAAAUGGAGAGGAGAAGAAAGAGUACAAGGAAAUAUGUCUUUGGUUGUGCUGUUUUUGCUUCUCUCAACAAUGUCCUCCUUGGCUAUGAUGUAGGUGUGAUGAGUGGAGCAAUCUUAUUUAUUCAAGAAGAUUUGAAAAUAACAGAAGUGCAACAAGAAGUUCUAGUUGGUGUUUUGAGCAUAAUUUCACUUUUGGGUAGCUUAGCUGGUGGGAGAACAUCAGAUGCAAUUGGUAGAAAGUGGACAAUGGGGUUAGCUGCUGUUAUUUUUCAAAUAGGUGCAGCUGUAAUGACCAUUGCUCCUUCGUUUGAAAUACUAAUGGUAGGAAGGAUUUUAGCUGGAGUUGGCAUAGGCUUUGGUGUCAUGAUUGCACCCGUCUAUAUAGCUGAGAUAUCGCCAACUAUUGCUAGAGGCUCGCUCACAUCUUUUCCUGAGAUUUUCAUAAAUCUAGGAAUUUUACUUGGUUAUGUAUCUAAUUAUGCAUUCUCGGGUCUUUCAGCACAUAUAAGCUGGCGGAUAAUGCUAGCUGUUGGUAUUCUUCCCUCAGUCUUUAUCGGAGUUGCUCUCUUCAUCAUCCCCGAGUCACCUAGGUGGUUGGUCUUGCAGAACCGAGUAGACGAAGCGAGGUCAGUGCUAAUGAAAACAGAUGAAAACGAGUCAGAAGUUGAGGAGAGACUAGCCGAGAUACAACAAGCUGCUGGAAGCACAAACACAGACAAAUAUGAAGAGAAACCCGUUUGGCGUGAACUUUUGACGCCCUCUCCUGCUUUACGUAGGAUGCUGAUCACAGGUAUUGGAAUUCAAUGUUUCCAACAGAUUACUGGAAUUGAUGCUACUGUUUACUACAGUCCUGCAAUUUUCAAAGCAGCUGGUAUUGAGGAUGAAUCAAAACUUCUCGCUGCCACGGUGGCUGUUGGAAUCAGCAAAACAACAUUUAUACUAAUAGCCAUCAUUCUCAUUGACAAAGUCGGACGAAAGCCAUUGCUCUAUGUGAGCACAAUUGGUAUGACUACAUGUUUGUUUGGCGUGGGGAUCACUCUAAUUUUACUGAAACAAGGAUCAAUUAGCAUCGCGCUAGCAAUACUAUUUGUUUGUGGGAAUGUAGCAUUCUUCUCAGUGGGCAUCGGUCCAGUCUGUUGGGUUUUAACAUCAGAAAUCUUUCCCUUACGGCUUCGUGCUCAAGCAUCAGGGCUCGGGGCAGUAGGUAAUAGAAUGUGCAGUGGCCUGAUCGCAAUGUCUUUUCUCUCUGUUUCACGUGCAAUUACUGUUGGUGGAACUUUCUUUAUCUUUUCAGUAAUCUCUGCACUGUCAGUUGCAUUUGUCUAUAAAUAUGUUCCAGAAACGAAAGGCAAAUCGCUGGAGCAGAUUGAAAUGUUGUUUCAGGAUGAAUACGUGUUACAAGGAGGUGAAGUGCAACUUGGAGAUGUUGAACAUCUGGUGCAGAAGUAGUGGUCUUCGGAAAGUUUCCAAAAUACAGCGCUUGUACCAGGAAAUACGACACUCAACGAUUACCUAUUAUUUACCCUGAUUGAUUGAUUUAUUAUUCACCAGAUUUGAGUGGUGGAGUUUAGGAGAGACUACUUCAUGUGGCUAUCUGCAAAUGCCACUACAGCGUUCCCCUUUGAACCGUUGGAGGAGAACGGGAGAUCACACGAUACAUCUCUUACUUAUAGUAAGACAGAAAAACUGAUGUUUAAGACAGGAAAUGUAACUCUAUUUAUGGAAAGAAUCACAUGUAUAAGACUCAUGCUGGAUAUAUUUCAAAAUAUCUAUUGAUUUAUUGGUUAAAUGAAAAGAUGAGGGUUACUACUUUGGUGCAAA